UUAGUCAGCCGUGACCUUUGAGUAACCUUUCUGUAGGAGGGGGAAGAGACGGAAAAAAGAGAUAUAUAGGCACAAGAGAGGAAAGAAAGAAGGAAAACAGAUGGAUUGAGGGGGAAAAGUGGGGAGAGUGAGCUAUGUUCGGUGCAGGCGAGAGAGAGAAAACAGAGACCAGAGAGGUGUGAGGGAGAGAAAAAGAGCGCUUGGCACACAGACACACACAGAAGAGGGGGGAGGCGUUUGUUUCCCCUCCUCUCCUCUGCCUCUGGCUUUAAAAAAGUGAAACAGCCCUUUGAAGAGGGAGCGAGGGGGGGGCGGCCCUGAACUCCCAUCCAGCCUGGACUGUAAGGAGCAUUUAGUGUUAGACGCUAACCCAGAUAGCAGACACAACACAGAGAGCCAGCUGAGGAGCUGACAGAGCACAGUCAUGAACGACAUCAAGCUGGCCCUGCUGGGGAGCCAGGGGGCUGGGAAAUCAGCUGUCCUUGUGCGGUUCCUGACCAGGCGCUUCAUCGGUGAAUAUGCCUCCAACACCAAUUCUCUGUACCAUAAAAGACUGUCAAUUGAUGGCAGGCAGCUGAACCUGGAGGUUUUUGAUCCCUGCUCUCAGAGCUCGGAGGCCAGGUGUAUACUGGAGGAGCCGGUGGACUGGGCAGAUGGCUUUGUGGUUGUGUACAACAUCAGCGACCGCACCUCCUUCAUCAACGCCAAGAACAUCCUUCGGCAGAUUCGGGAGACGCGCAUGGACAACUGCAAAGGGGACUCGGAGGUUCCUGUGUGUCUGGUGGGUAACAAGCAGGACCUGUGUCACGUCCGGCAGGUACGUGAGGACGAGGGCCGCUGCCUGGCUCAGGAGAACCGCUGUCACUUCCAGGAGGUGUCAGCGGCCGAGAGCUACCAGGACAUCGCCAACCUCUUCACACAACUCAUCCGACAGGUGAUGGAUCACCUGAAGUACAGAGCCGACCGACGACGCUACAGCGGCUCCAAGUCUAUGGCCAAACUCAUCAACAACGUGUUUGGCAAGAGGAGGAAGUCGGUGUGAUUGUUUCCAGUUGAGUCAGUGGAUGAUCAGCUGAAGGGAUGUUGUGUGUAUGGAGCCACGUUAAAGGGAACUAAGAGGUUACAUGCAGUGUGAGAAAACUGUAGAGUUUAUGCGCAGUGGUCCAAACACCAACCCUGUGUUCACACACUGAGCAACAUGGAUGGUUGGUGGAGAGGUUUGGAUGGUGCCUGCAACUACACAAUUUACAGGCAGAUAUUAGAACAUGUAUUUGGCAACUUCUGUGCUUUUUGUUGCUUUGGUUUCUCUGCUGUGAGCUGAGACAGAUAUUUACUCGAGGAGGAAUUCAACUGUUGUCAUCAAAACAGAGGUUAUAGUUGAAUAGGACAGUGGUUCCCAACCUGAGGGACUGGACCCUGAGAACACGUCACAAGACGAUUAAAAGGACAGUAAAGCAUAAAAACAGACCUUUCUCUGAUGUUUUGUUUUUGUUGUAAACUACAGGUUAGUCUCCCUUCAUCAGCGUUCAAAAAAUAUAUUCAAAGAAACAAAUAAAUAGAACUAGACACCAUCUUGCCAAGCGAUCACAUCAUGACACGCAUCAACAUGUUGACCUUCUGACCCAUGAGUGCUGAGGAGUCAUUACCACAUUAUUACAUGAGUACUCAGCGCUCAUGCGUCGGACCACACCCAUCUUCAAACUUGGCCUUCAUUUUGAUCUCAACUACACAUCUGUCGAGAUUUGUAUCAGUAUCUUGCAAACUGUGAUUUUAUCGUAAUGUCAAAAUCUGUCCACAGACACACACACCUGCCAAAGUCCUCAAUACACCUCUGUGGUAGUUCCUGCUACAGUAGGAGUCUCCAGACACACACACACACACACACAUGCACGCACGCACACACACACACACGCACACGCACACACACACACACACACACACACACACACACACACACACACACACACACACACACACACAUUUAAACAAGUACUAAUUCCAGGUACAAAUAUGAUUAUAUUUUACUCUACAUUUGUCUGACAGCUGUAUUUACUAGUUACUUUUCAGAUUACAAUUUUUCACACCCUUCCUUCUCAUCCAGUGAAAAGUUUGUGAUAUUGAAUUAGAAUUUUUCUGAUGAACUGAAUUGCUCCUCUAUAACUUGAGAAAAUUCUCCUUAUAUAAAUUAUUUCAAAACAACCUUGGAUUAGCUGGAAUAUGCAGCUGAAAACAGUUUUUCUUAGCUCAUAAAAGGCUCUUACAGGUUCCUAUUGGAGAGUCGGCUUUGAUACAAACGCAGUUAUAAAAUUACUGCUGAUUCCAAGAGUAGAUACAGAUACGCUCCAAGCAGCUGGCUGGUUUAUCGCUGUAGCUUUCUCAAAUAAAAGCAGUAACAAACUCAUCCGACAGUUCAUCUGUUCAUCUCGAAACAGAGCCACAACAUGGAGGCCUGCGUGUCUGACUAGUGAUGACAGUAAAUGUUCAGGCUUCGGCCUACCUUACUUAAACCAACAUAUAGUAUUUGUUGAUCUUUCACACAACAGCACAGUGUCCCUCAUCACUGUGCUCACAGUGUGUCACUCACUGUGGACUGACACUGCAGAGUGAACAUGCCGACAUGUCACAUUUGAAGCUUGCUUUAAGCAUCUUGUUGCAGUUGUGUGAUUGGUUACUUUUACUGUUAAACUGCCUCUCUGUAUAAUAACAUGUUAACUCUUCAGUUCUGCUGCUCAGCAGGUUUUAUGUUUUAUGUUUAGAUGAGGGAAAAAACUGUUUGAUGGUCUUUAUUGAUACUUUAAUAAACAUUAUAUUUGUAUAGAACUUU